CUUCGCACUGUCAUUAUUCAAAACAAACCGUCUUUUUCGUGCGCGGAGCAAAACGGUUCCAGUUUUUCGGGGUUCAACAAAUCGAAUCUUUGCAAUAAUGACCGACGACGACGGGACCUUCAAGAAGCCAUCGGUCGACCUACUGGUCAAAGCCCGCAAGCCGGAACUCCCACCGGGAACUUCGAAGGUGACGGACAUCGUCCCCGAGGAGGCGCCAGCAGCAGCCGCAAGCGGUAAGGAGUUGGCCGGCGAUGGGAACGAAAUUCCGCCGGUGCCGUACCGCGAGCCAGCCUGGUCGCGCAAGUGUGCGUCGGGGCUGAACUACGGGUUUGAGGUGCUGAAGAACGGGGUGAUUAUUGAGGAGGUCAAGCAGCUGCAGAGCAGGGCGUUUUGGCUGUUUGGCCGGUUGCCGAAUUGUGAUGUUAACAUGGCCCAUCCAACGAUAUCGCGCUAUCACGCGAUUCUGCAGUAUCGGGGACCUGAGGAGCAGGGGGAGGAUGGGGAUGAGGAGGAGGAAGAGACGACGAAGCGGCACGUGACCGUGGAACCGGGAUGGUAUCUGUACGAUCUGAGUAGUACUCAUGGGACGUUCUUGAACAAGCAGCGAUUGCCGCCGAAGACGUACGUCCGGGUUCGGGUGGGUUAUAUGGUGAAGUUGGGCUCGAGCUCGCGGUCGUACAUUUUGACUGGACCGGCGGAGGACGAGGACGCGCCGUCGGAGAUGACCAUCACGGAGAUGAAGGACCUGCGCGAGAAGCAGAACAAGUUGCGGGAAGAAAUGGCCGAAAUUGAACGGCAGGAACGCGAGCGGGUCGCGAAGCUCAAGGAAGAGGAAGGGGUCAGCUGGGGGAUGGGCGAGGACGCGGACGAGGAGACGGAUUUGGCGCACAAUCCGUACGCCAUGUCCAACAACGAGGAGCUGUUUCUGGACGACCCGAAGAAGACGCUGCGGGGUUACUUUGAGCGGGAAGGUCACGAGCUGGAUUAUAAGCUGGAGGAACUUUCGGCGGGGUCUUACGUGUGUCGGGUUGAACUGCCCGUUGACGAUGAUUUUGGCCGGCCGAUUGUGGCGGAAGCCACCCACAAGGGCAAGAAGAAGGAAGUGGUGGUGCAGUGCGCGUUGGAAGCCUGUCGGAUUCUGGACCGAUACGGGCUGUUGAGGCAGGCAACGCACGAGCCCCGUCGACGGCACAAGAAAACGUCCGAUUCGGACGACGACGACGACUACCUGGACCGAACCGGGGACGUCGAGCGGCGCCGCCAGCGGAAGCAAACCAAAGCGUCGGCCGAAGUGCACACCUACGAAGAUCUCAUCCGGCAAGAGUCGGAGUUGCUGGAAAAGUUGGAGGACAUUGAGACGCGUCUGCAGCGUCGUCAGCUCAUCGAGAAGGGCACCCGGCUGCCGGAAAACGACGACGACGUGGACGAAUUCCUCGAGAAGCUCUCCGACGACAAGCCGUACGACAAGUUCGAGGUGCGCCGACUUCGGCUCGAAAAGGACCGGCUCACGAAGGACCACGUGACGCUGCAGAAGCUCAUCAAAAUUGCCAAGCCGUUGGACCUGCCCAGCAUGAGCGGCCAACCCGGAUCGUCCGCCGAUGGCAAGGACCAGCUCAAGAAGAAGAUGCUGCCCCUGUUUGGCAAGCGGAACAAACUGUCCGCUUCGUUUGGAAUCAAAAAGUCCGAGAUUAAGGUCGGCGGCUCGACCAGCGCGCACGGCGAGGAGGUCGAAGAAGACGAGGAGGACGCUGCUGCGGCUGCGCCGCCCAAAAAGGAAGAACCGCCGAAGCAGGCGGCCGAACCGAAGCGAGUUCACGGUCCCUCCUUCAACCCGGACCUGCUCGAGCAGCACCGGAAAAAGGUUGUGGUCGAAAGCAGCAGCGAGCCGGAGAAGAAACCGCAGAAAAAGCGAAAAAGUGAAGCAGACUGUGAAGAACCGUCCGGGUCCGGGUCGGUGGAGGGCGUGGACAGCAAGAAGAAGCGCAGCCGGAAUAGGGCGGGACGCGAACGGAAUCGGGACAACGUGGACUUUGACGACAGCGAGGAGCUGCAGGCCGAGGACAAGAACGUCGAGUGGGUUCCGCCGCAGGGUCAGAGCGGGGACGGGAUGACGUCGCUCAACCAGAAGUUUGGGUACUGAACGG